AUGUCGUACCUCGGCCCAAGAGCCUUCAACCAUGAGCAGAGCAGCGACGCUGAAGCCGAAUAUGACCGCCUUCGCGGCUUAGCCGGACAAGAGGCAGCAAAGCGCUCCUCAUGCUUUGAGCGCUCCCAACAAGCCUACGCCGCCGGCGAUGGCGCCCUCGCCAAAGAACUUUCCGAGCAAGGAAAGGCCCACGGUCGAAAGAUGGAAGAAUACAACCGACAAGCGUCCCAGUUUAUAUUCCGCGAGAACAACGCCAACGGUCGGGUGCCGGACGACACGAUCGAUUUGCAUGGUCAAUUCAUGGAGGAAGCGGAAGAUAUUUUAGAAGAGCGGAUCAAGUAUGCGCAGGCGCAUGGGCAGACGCAUCUUCACGUGAUUGUUGGCAAGGGAAACCACUCAGCCAACCACGUCCAGAAGCUGAAACCGCGCGUGGAGCAAGUAUGCCGAGAUCUCGGCUUGCAAUAUUGUACGGAAGAAAACGCGGGAAGGAUAUACGUCAAUUUGACCGGUGGACCGGCGCAGAUGCCGCCCUAUGAACCUCAUCAUCCUCCUCCACAUCAGCAGCCACAGCAUCACUACCCGCAACAUGCUCCCCAAGCCCAUGAGCAGCAGCAGCAGCAGCAAGGAAAUACUUUUGUUGAAGAGGCCGUUCGUAGGGCCGUGCCUACACUUUUACGAAAGUUGGAGAAGGCUUGCUGCAUCGUUAUGUGA